CCGUUGUUCACACAUUCGUUAUGUGUUUCAUUUCAUGCUUCUACUAGUAUUUUUAAUCGCACGUGCGGUGGCCCACGAUAAAAAUACGCAUGGAUUUACCGAACUGAUAAAACAUCGUGGGAGUGGGGCAGCGCACGUAGCCGCUGCCAGCUCCAUUCGAGUAAAGACCGCGAUAAGACUGCAGAAGUUAACGUAAUUAUACUAGUGAAAAAAGAAGUGGAUUGCAGUGAGUUUAGUUUAUAUCGCGAUUGUUUAUAUCUGGUAUUUUUGAUUUCACAGGUAAUGAUGUAUUUGUUUAUUCAUAGAGAUUUGUAUGCACACUGUGCAUAAUUAAAUAAGAGCGAUUUAUUAACAUGUUAUUAUUUUAUUUCAGUUUAUAAUAAUGGAUAGUUGGCUCAAAACGGGGCGCCUCGCAAGUGGAAAAAAUGUUUUAGCAUGUUCACCAGCAGAAAAUAAUGAAAAUAUUUCGGAAAUAGAUGUUUCUAGUUUGUCAGAUUUGGUAAAUACUGGACAGGAACGACAAAAUAAACUUGUUAGUGAAAUUGUUUUACCUGAGGAGAGAACUACUUCUAAAAAAAGAAAAUAUGACGAAUCGUAUUUGUCCUUUGGGUUUAUUCCUGUCAGAAUGGCUGAGAAUCCGGAUGGACAAUGCGUUUGCAACAAAAUAAUGUGUAAUAGUUCAUUGGUACCGGCAAAGCUAAGACGACACCUUGACACCAACCACCCGCAACUGAAAGAUAAAAGCUUAAGCUUUUUUGAAAGACACAAAGAAGUACAAAAAACUGGCGUGGCUGCUUUACAAAAAUAUGCAAAAACAGAUAAUGAAAACGGAACAGAAGCAUCAUUCAUGCUAAGUUACAGAAUCGCUCGUGCUGGUAAGCCACAUACGAUUGCAGAGGAUUUAAUAAAACCAUGUAUGACAGUCGACAGAAAUCGUCAGCUGCGUAUUCGGUGAAGAUGCAGCGAAGAAAAUUACAGCAGUUCAGUGUUCUAAUAACGUCAUAUCUGACCGAAUUCAUAAGAUUUCAGACCACAUUCAAGAUGAAUUAAUUUGUAGAUUGAAGAACAGCAAGAUGUUUGCAAUACAAUUAGACGAAAGUACAGAUGUCGCCGGGCUAUCAAUAUUGCUUGUUUUUGUGAGAUACCCCUAUUAGAUUCUAAUGAACCUCAUAGGUUUUUUUAGAUUUUAAUUUUGCGGCAAGUUAUGAAUAUUUUAAAAAUCACAAACAAUUUAUAAUUUUAAAAUACUAAUAACUUGCUUUAAAAUUUGAAUUAAAAAAAAAAAAACAUAUGAAGUUAACUAGAUAAUAUUCUUACUUCUAAACGUUAUAGGAGGUCAAUUCACUCUAAAUUUUAAACUAACAGAGCUAAGCGUGAUCUGCUGCGAGUACAGUUUGCUAUAUAUUAUGCAUUUGUAAGACAGAGCCACAGAGAAAACGCAUGCGGGUGUAGCUCCCUCUUAAUUAAUUAUAAAUUUAUAUAUUUUAAUUUAAUUUAAUUUGUUAUAUUAUAAUCAUAUACCUACAUUUUU